AUGACGAGACCAACUUCAGAGGAAGAUAAGGUUUACGUUUGGCCGAAUGGUAAUCGCAGUAGGACUCACGAAGAAUGGGCUAGAUAUUACAAACAAAUCAAGGAAAGCGAGGGAUUCGAUGUUGAUCCAUUUCCAGGCACGUGUGAGUUUGGCCUUACGGCGAUCACGGAUUUUGAUGAUGAAAUUCUUAUCAGAUGUACUAAAUUGGCAAUCGAACAUUUUAAUAAGAAAAAUGAUAUGAGUUACGUGUUUGUAAAAAUAGAGAAGGCAACGUGUAGUGUCGCAACAGGACUUUGGUACUAUGUUACCUUCCAAGCAGUUGACGGUGAAGCUGAGCCGAAAAUCUUCCAGGCGAAGGUGCUUUAUGGGGUGCAACGUAACAUUAAAGUUGCUCUUUGUAGACUCAAGCCCACUGCGAGUUAGUAGAGGCGGAAUGUCAUGCUCUACACCAGGCCUUCCCCAUUCAGGUGCUGUUUGGUCGUGAAUAAUGGUGGUAAAUUUUUUUUUUUUUUCGAU